UAUCUCAAGAUACGAAUCAAAUACAACCAAAAAUGGAAAUUCAAUGGAGACGUAGACAAAUAAAAGAUGAAGCGAACCAUGUUUCAGAAGCAGGUUACAUAUUUUUAAGUAUUCGCAGAAAUCUUACUGCUCAUUCCGAUUCUAUAGAUGGCAUAGCCACACUUGGCUUG